UCGCUAUUAAACCAUAAGAGCUUUAGUUGAUAUCUCAAAAAUCGUGGGGUCCUGAUGUCAUCUGAUUAGGAAAAGUCCUAAAUGAUGUUUGAUUAUACUUAACUAUCAAUUGUAAUUUGCAGCAGUGUUAAUAAUUUAUGUUUAAACUAUAAUCUCAGGAAAUCUGUAAUAUGUUUAAAUGCUUCAUUUUAAUGCAAAUAAUUGAUUGAAACAUAAAUUACCCUAAAGACAAAUCAUUAGGUCAAAGCUGGCUGCCUGAAGCUACAGGCAAAGGCUGAGGCUGCAACUUACAGACGGACACUGACUACAGGUGGAAGCUGAGGACUGUAGCUGUCUCGUGCUGUGGGAGAAGGUGGAGCAGGUGGACAUCUUUUAUCUUUUAGUCUGUUCGUGAACAGUUCCUCAUAUCUGUGGUCAGCAUGGUUGGUUUCCAUACUGUUACCUGUACCGUAUCACAGUGCAUCCUCACAAACACAUUUAGCACUUCAUUUUAAUAUUCAAAUAGAUUUUAAUAAUCAGACAGCUAAGUCGGCAGUAUUGUUUCAGGGAUGGUGGGUUGGAACUUGACCUGUCCACACCCUGAUCUAACCUCUCUAGAGGCUUUAAAAAAGAAUGUGGUCUUCUGAAGAAACCCAACUUGAGAUCUGCACUCAUGUCACUUACAUUAUAUUACACAUCACUUCAACCCUUUUGGUAAUUCACACUGCAUGACUGAAGUGGGAGAAAGAUUAAUUCUACUCUUUAUACUAUCAAGGCAUGCUGAAACAUUACACACCAUGGACACAAUCACAUCUGUUUUCAUGGUCUUAUCAGGACUCUACAUCCUCCCCUCAUACUUUCUACAAGUUUACCAAGUUGUUAAAGAUGCAAAGACCUGGACAGAAGCCCAGCGUUACUGCAGGGAGAAGUACAAAGACCUGGCUGCCAUAAACAGCGAUGAAGACAUGAUCAGGCUCAUUCACAUGUUACAGUCGGGUGAUGAAGUCUGGAUAGGGCUGUAUGGUGACAUUAACAACUGGAAAUGGUCUCUGGAAAGGGAAGGAUUUUAUAAAACUGGAGAGGCUGAGUUCAGGAUGUGGAACAGUGGCGAGCCCAAUGUCUACAGUGAGCCCAUUCAUUUCCCAGGACCCGCUGUCUGUGGUGACGUGGAUCAUUUAGGACAAUGGUCAGAUUUUUGGUGCAGUGGACAACGCCCGUUUGUCUGCUACAACGAAUCUUCAGGGACUAGAUACAUCUAUGUGAAUACAUCCAUGAACUGGUUCAGUGCUCAGAGCUACUGCCGGGAGCACUACACAGACCUUGCCAGUGUGAGGAACAGGAAUGAGAGCCUGGAGAUCGGGCUGCUCGUGGAGGUGGCGAAAUAUGCAUGGAUUGGCCUGUACAGAGAGCCAUGGAAGUGGUCAGAUGGUCAGCCGACGAAUAUGACUUCAUUCAGCAACUGGAAGGACAAUCAGGCUCAUGAUAUCUUACACUCUUGUGUGACUUCAACUGGCACUAAAUGGAAUUCACGACUUUGUUCAACAAGAUAUGCUUUUGUCUGCAGUGCAUCAACAGUUAGGCAGCAGGUGGUGAAGGUGGUGCUGAAAAAAUCUGACUCCUCUGUGGACCUGAAAGAGAUGGAGGAUGCCAUCUUGCAGCAGUUCAGCCAGGGACUGAAUAACCAUGGCCUGGAUGGAAGCGUCCGACUGAAAUGGAUAAAGCAGCCUGAUGGGGAGAUCUUCCACUUAAAAGAAACAGAAGAGGAGAAUUAAAAAGGAAUAAGACAAGGAAAAGGCGCACUGGAGAAAAGAAAAGCUGCAUCAUCAAAUGAUUAUUUUAUUUUUCAUCCAUACAUCAGCUUUGGUUAUGAUUUUGUUGUUAGUUCACAAGAAAUGAUGAUAACCUAGUUAAGAAAAAUGUCACAGGGAUCCCAAACCCUGUCAGCAGAGCUGGACUUUUUUCUUGUUGUAACUUUGGUCUCGUAUUGAAGUGUGUUGAAUUUCGAUUUGUACGUGGUUGAUUAUAAAAGCAGUGGUAGUUGAUUAACUGUGAAUUCAUUAUAAUAUCUUCAAGUUGAACAUUUUUAAAUAAUUUUAGGUAUAAAAAUUUCACAGCCUUUUACAUGAUUGAUUAAUAUAAGAUAAUAAGGAUGUCUUUUAUUCACAGCACGCAUAACCCCCCCCCACACACACACACGCUCACACACAUUCACACACACACUUGUCUUUUCUUCUUUACAUUGUCUGUUGAAAUUCAUUGCAUUUUUGUCUGUUUUAUUACGCUCUAUGUCAGAAUGUUUUUGUUUGUUUGUUUACUUGUUUGAGGAAUUUUUUUUCACAACUUUUUUCCCCCUUAUAGUAAUGCUGUAUCUUCAGGUUCUGUGCAGUUGCAAUGCAUUCUACAUGUAUGUACAUAGUAUGCUUAUUUGUAUGUCAGUUAUU